UGUCAAACGACAGCGUUAAGUCACUGACAGCAUAACUAGACGCGGUUUCUGUUCUUGAUUAUUAUAUCUGCAGGAACUAUGAAAAUCGUCAUGGUCCUGACCACGGCUGUCAUGCUGAUGGACCUCAACAUCUACGCUGAUGCCUGUAAGCCACCAACCAAUUUUGCGGAUGGAUGUAGCGGUGUCGCCGACUUUAAGUUCACAGAUGACUGUAACAAACACGAUAUUUGCUACGCUUGUGGCAACGGGCGGGGUGUUUCUCGCCAAAGCUGCGAUAAAAGAUUUUAUAACAACAUGUUGAACACGUGCAACACCAAGCAGAAUUGGUUCUUGCGACCAGGAUGCAAGAUGAUGGCUUGGAUUUACUACAAGGCGGUUCGGGACUGGGGUUGGAAGCGUUAUCAAACUCCGUCCAAGUUGUAUUGCAAGCAGGAAGCCUGGGUUCCCGCGUGUAUGUGAUGAUAAAAAGUAUAUGUUGUGCAUGCUAUAGGCUCAAACAGUUGAUACUUAAAAAUACAUUCAUCUUGCACUUGUAAAGCUUAAUUUGUUCCAUUACCAUGUAAUACUGAAUUGUCUUAAACACAAAUUAUUCUUUUCAGUACCAUUCGGUCAAAUACUUAUCUGUUAGUAAACUUGCUAUGUCUGGUUUUCACUCAUUUCACAAUACAAUGCUACUUAAUAAUACUGUACUUGAUAGCAGACGUACUAUGGUCUGAAACCAUUUAGCAAGAGGCCUACGCCUAAUAUUACUCAAUUUAUUUGAUAGCUUACGUAAACAUGUCAUUGAUUAUUUGGUUGCUUCCUAGUUGUUUCUGUUAUAUUUAAUUACAUGCUUUUUUUUUACUUUUUCAUACUUCUUCUAUUGUUAUAAAAAUGUUUUUGUAAAACCGAUCUUAAUAAACAUAUAAUCACCA